AUGAAUGUGCUGGCACAUUGUAGAGUAUACCCACUCUCCACCUUUUACAAGCCCGUUGCCAUAGAUAUUGAUUGGCUUGGUAGAGACUCGUUUGGCAAUGCGAUACUUGACUGCGAUCAAAACCAAGAUGCUCAAAAACUCAAGCCCGCUGGGUUUCUGCAUCUGAUAGAACAUAAUUUCGGGCCUUCAGCUCUCAAAAAAACACUUUUGACAAGGUUAGUGAAGACUUGUCCCGAUCAAAGUUUCAUCCUGGUUAUUGACGUGAUUUCGUGCUGGAAGCCAUUUCUGUCGCAACUGGAACUGGAAGAUAAGGACGUUGCUUAUUUGAACACAGCCUCGCUUCUUCAUUUCGACUCUCUCAUCAAUUUUCUAGUGCAACUCAACGAAAGUCCACAGGAUGCAUUAUCGCGUUGUCAAAAACGAGUUUCAUUACAGUACCAACUAGCUGGGAUUGUGAUCGACAACAUCUCCUACUACACCCAUGAUGCAGCUUCGUAUGACCUUCUAUUCAAAGUCCUGCGUUUAUUAAGGGCCAGAUAUGGCUGCUAUAUUGUUACUGUCGGGUACGGUCUGGAGUUCUACAAUGGCGUUGAAAAGGGACUGGCAGACAUAUCGGCUCAACCUUGCGAUAUUCCAACUCGUUUGCCAAUUUCAUACGUGAAAAACAUGGAUUGCGUUUUGCUCAGAGACACGGAUACAAUUGCUAGAGUUAUCGAUCUCAAGUGA